AUGGCGUCCAACAUCCUUGCGCUCCCCUUUCGCAAGUCGACACACCUUUCUCUCGCUUCGACGAUACGGCAGUACAUCAACACCAAAUAUGACCAGCACCCGGACAUGUUCAAGCAUGACCUUGAGGUCAUUGAUACGCUUCGCCGUGAUGCGGUCAACGUCCGGGAACCGCAUCCUAGCGGCAUCAAGAAGCUGCAGACGUAUGCUGCCCAGCUCGUGUGGGUUGGCGGCAAGUUUCCCAUAGACAUUGGAGCGGAAUUCUCGUGGUAUCCUGCUCUUGGCUACAACACCGAACGUCCCAUGGUCCGAAACAACCUCAAGUACGAACUCAUGAACAUCCUCUACAACCUCGCCUCCCUCUACUCCCAGCUUGCACUCAACACACCCCGCGGAAACACCGAGGGUCUCAAAUCUGCGGCCAACUAUUUCUCCAUGGCCGCGGGCGUUCUCACCCACAUGCAGACCGAGAUCCUCCCCGAGCUGCGAAUGUCCGACCCUCCCGAGGACAUGGACCACGACACCCUCGAGUCCCUGAUCCAGCUGCUGCUCGCACAGAGUCAGGAGUGUUUCUGGCAGAAAGCUGUUAUGGACGGCUACAAGGAUGCUUCGAUCGCAAAGCUCGCCGCCCGCGUUUCGGAUCUAUACAACCUCUCUGGCGAGGCCGCCAUGCAGAGCGAGGCUAUCAGUAGCGCGUGGAUACACCACAUGAGCGCCAAGCACCAUCACUUUGCCGCUGCUGCCCAGUACCGAGCUGCCUGCGAUUGUCUGGAGAAGAGGAAAUAUGGAGAGGAGGUUGCGAGACUGAGGGAUGCCGUAUCCUGCGUGACAGAAGGCAUUAAGGAGGCCAAAAGCGGAUUUCUCGGCAAGGUUGUUGUUGAUGACCUUAGUGGGCUCAAGCGAAAGGUAGAGGAGGAUCUGAAGAGAGCCGAGAAGGACAACGAUGUCAUCUACCUCAUCGCCGUCCCUCCCAAGUCGGAGCUCAAGAUCCUCGAUCGCGCCAACAUGGCCGUGGCUCGAGUGCCACCUCAAGUGGCAAACCCGUACGAAUACUUUGGCGACCGCGCCGAGUUUGGACCGGCCCUGUUCUCUCGCCUUGUGCCCUUUUCCGUGCACGUUGCCAUUUCGAUUUACGAGGAGCGACGAGACCGCAUGGUCAGCCAGAAUAUCAUCCAGGAGCUUGAGACUCUCACCGAAAAGCUUCAUGAGCUGUUGGCGUCUCUUGGCCUUCCUGGUUCUUUGCAAGCUCUUGAGAAGCCAUUGGGCUUGCCUCCGAGUUUGGUUCAACAUGCAGAGGAGAUUAGACAAGCUGAUGCGAUUGGUAGAGUACACAAGAGCUUUGCCGACAUUGAUAAGCUGCGCUCAGGGGAUCUCGCCAUCUUUGAGGAAGGCAAGAGAGCGUUGGCAUCUGAGGAAGAGGAGGAUCAGCGUCUUCGAAUGAGGUUUGGAACAGAUCGUUGGAUACGGCCUGAGAGCAGGCAAGACCCUCAGGGCUCACAGCUGUGGCAACACGCUGCUGAAAUUGAGGGUUACUUUGAGACCAGCGGCAGCAGUGACGCAAUGGUUAGGGACAAGUUUGCGGCUAUCCAGGACUUGCUGGCUAUGCUCUCCGGAUCUGAUCGGGAUCUGAUGGACUCUGUGCCUUCAAGCCGUCGGGUGGACAUUCCGGAGACGCUGAAGCCAGUUAUCGGAAGACUCCGCGGAGCGUACAACGAUGUCCUUCGUCUCGAGAGCCGACGUCGCAAAAAGGUCGAGAAUCUUCGGGAGAAUGCCCGUCGCGAUGACAUCAAACCCGAUAUUCUCAAAGAGGCAGCCCGACUGGAGCGAUCGUACCCCACGACGGCACUUGUCCCAGCUCACUUUGAAGAGUUCUUUGACAAGAGACUCGACAAGCUGUACGAACCCGAGAUAGAAGCCAUCGACAAGGAAGCACAGGACCAGGAGCGUAUCCUCACCGACAUCCAGCGCAUCAACCGCGAGUUCGAGUCGCAGAAGAGGCAGAUGGGAGAGCGCGGCAACCGAGAGCGAGAGAUGGCACUGCAGAAGUUGGACAACGCCUACUUUAAGUACAAGGAGAUUGUCAACAACCUCGAGGUCGGGCGCAAGUUUUACAACGAUCUUAACAAGAUUGUUGGGCCUGGGUUCCGCGAUGUUAUCGUGGGGUGGGUUGCGCAGCGGAGGAUGGAAGCAAGGGCUUUGGAAGAGGAAAUCAACAUGCCGCCGUUGUCGAGCUUGAACAUUUCUCACAAGCCAACCCCGGUUCAAAGCCCAAUGCCUCCCCAUCAGGAACCCGCUCACUACGCGCCUCCGCCUCACCAAGAGCUAGCGCAUUCAUAUGCUCCCCCCGAGCCUGCACGCUCAUACGCUUCUCCUCCGCCUCCCCAGCCUGUGCAGAGCCCUGCCGAGGCAAGCAUACAGUCAUGGGCCGGAGAGACGAUGCAGCAGCCCCAACCAGUUCAACCUCAACAAGCUCCAAUGGGCGCCAUGUGGAAUCCAGGAAUGGGCAUCAAGUUUGGUGGACCUGCUGGAGGCUCUGGACAGCCUCCGGCUCCUGGGACUUGGAACCCCAACUCUGGUAUCAAGUUUGGCUGA